GGUUUAAGAACUGGGCUCUCCGAGGAGCCCCGUGCCCCGCUGGGGAGCGGCUCCACCCCGGGGACCAUGGCCUCGCUGCUGUCCCUGCAGGAGGAGAACCAGAUCCUGCAGCAGGAGCUGUCCCGUGUCGAGGACCUGCUGGCACAGAGCCGGGCUGAGCGCGAUGAGCUGGCCAUCAAGUACAACGCCCUCAGCGAGCGGCUGGAGCAGAGCCUGCGGCUGGAGCCAGAGGAAGCAGCCGAGAGCCGGAGCCUGGCCCAGCACAACAUCGAGCUGCGGAGGCUGCUGGAGGAGGAGCAGGCCGCCUACAAGAGGAAGCUCCAGGCCUACCAGGAGGGCCAGCAGCGCCAGGCCCAGCUGGUGCAGAAGCUCCAGGCCAAGGUAAAUCCUUUCCGGGGGAGCACUGGGAUAAUUUGGGGACCCCUCCCACAAUCGGUGUCACCCCCCUCCCUCCCCCAGGUGUUGCAGUACAAGAAGAAAUGCGGGGAAGUGGAGCAGCAGCUGCUGGAGAAGGCAACGGAGCUGGAGCAGGAGAGGCUGACGGUGAGGGAGGCUUUGGGGAUCCCCUGGAUGUUUUCACAGAUCCAGCUGGAUGCCAGUGGCUCCCAGCCCGAGGAGGAGAGCAGCAACGAGCUGGAGAACGCCCUGAUCCGUCUGGAGGAGGAGCAGCAGAGGAGCAGCAGCCUGGUGCAGGUGAACUCGAUGCUGCGGGAGCAGCUGGAACAGGCCAACGUGGCCAACGCGGCGCUGAGCGAGGACAUCCGGAAGCUCACGGCAGACUGGGCGAGGGCCCGGGACGAGCUGGAGCAGCGGGAGGCGGAGUGGAGGCGUGAGGAGGAGUCCUUCAACACCUACUUCAGCAACGAGCACAGCCGGCUCCUGACCCUGUGGCGGCAGCUGGUGGCCUUCAGGCGCCACUUCGGGGACAUGAAGGCCACUACCGAGAGGGACCUGGCGGAGCUGGGCCACGAGGUGUCCCGGACCGGCCGCGCCGCCCACGCCGCCUGCCUGCACCUGGCAGCCGACCUGCGGCUGGCCGAGAGCCAGGCGGGCGCGGCCCGGGAGCGGCAGGAGUUGCGCCUGGAGCAGCUGGAGGAGCAGCUGGCGGCGCGGGCACGGGACGCAGAGCUGGAGAAAGCCACCUUGGCAGCCAGGCUGGCGGAGCUGACGGCGGCUCUGGAGCGACGCCGGAGUGAGGACGAGGAGAAGGAGCGGGCGGUGGAAGCGCUGACCCUGCAGCUGCGGGAGCUGGAGGCCGCGCGUGCCCGGGAGCCGACGCCGGAGCAGGUGCAGGCGCUGCGCUCCGAGCUGCAGCUGCUGCGCCGUACGCUGCACGAGGUCACCCAGGCAGUGCUGGCGGAUGACCCCGAGCUCGUGCCCACCGUGUCCCCCCCGUGUCCCACCGUGUCUCCCCCGUGUCCCGCCGUGUCCCCUCUUCGCAGCCUCUCUGCCAGCGCUGCCGCCGCCGCCGUGCACGCAGCCCUGAGCCGGCGCCAGCUCCAGCUGCAGGAGGCCCAGAGCCAGAUGGAGGCGAGCCGGGAGACGGCUGGGAGCCUGCGGCGGGAGCUGGGAAUGCUGGAGCAGCGGCUGGAGCAGCUGGGAGCCGAGGCCGGGAGCUGCCGGCGGGCGCAGGAGGAAGCGCAGCGGGAGGGGCUCCGGCUGCGCGCCGAGGCCGAGGGGCUGCGCAGGGAGCUGUGCCGCGCGGAGGCGGCGCUGGUGGAGGAGCAGCAGCGCGCGGGGGCUCUGCAGCAGGAGCGGGAGCAGCUGCGGCGCUGCAGUGAGGGGCUGCAGGAUUCCCGGGACGAGGCCGCCCGCGACGCCCAGGCUGCCCGCCAGCAGCUGGAGCACAGCCAGCAGCAGGUGCAGGAGCUGGAGGCGCAGCGGGCGCUGGCACAGCGGGAGCUGCUGGAGGAGCGGGAGGCGCUGAGCCGGGCACUGCUGGAGGUGGAGCUGGCCCGGGGCGAGCAGGAGGCGCUGGCUGAGGCCCUGGGCAAGGCGCAGGGCAGCUGCGGGGAGCUGGCGGAGGCCCGGCGGGCAGCGGAGGCGGAGGAGUCGCGGCUGCGGGACGCGCUGGCCAAGACGAGCGAGCUUGCGGCUGGGCUGGCCCGGGAUAAGGCGGAGCUGAGCCGGCGGCUGGAGCGGCAGGAGCAGGAGCGGGAGCGGGGCCGGUUGCGCACCCGGGAGCUGUGCCGGGAGCUGGCGCUGCUGCGGGCGCGCCUGGAGCGCGGCCCCCGGCCCGCGGAAGAGCGGCGGGACCUGGAGCGGCCACGGGGGGACCCCCGGGACUACCAGCGGGGACUGCGGGAGGAGUUGCGGGAGCUGCGCGGGGUCCACGAGCGGUUGCGCCACAGCCUCGGCCAGGCGGUGCAGGAGCAGAGCGCGGCGGGCGAGGCGCUGGCGCGGGCGCGGGCGGAGCAGGAGCGGCUCCGGGCGGAGCAGGAGCGGCUGGGCCGGACACAGGCGGCGCUGGCCCAGGACGGGGCCGGACUGGCCGUGAGGCUCGCGGCUGCCCAGCGCCAGGACCGUCACCGCGACCGCGAGGCCGCCGGGCUCAGGUCGGAGAAGGAGGGGCUGGAGAGCAGCGUGUUCCAGCUGCAGCAGGAGCUGGCCCAGCUCCAGACCCGCAAUCAGCAGCUGGAGGCCCAAGGCCGGACACUGGCCCAGGCCAAGGAGGCGCUGGAGGCGGAGCUGGGCGUGGCUCGGCGGGAACGGGCGCAGGAGCUGAGGGAGCGGCGCCAGGCGGUGGCGGUGGCCGAGGCGGCCGCGGUGACAGUGGCCCUGCAGAGCGCCCGCGAUGCCCAUCGGGACCAGCUCGAGCACCUCCAGCGGGAGAAAGAGGAGCUGGAGGCCGAGCGGGGCCGGCUGGUGCAGGAGCACGAGGAGCUGGUGGCCGAGCUGGCGGCAGCACGACAGCAGCGCCAAAGCGAGAAGCAGCAGGCUCUGGCGCUGCAGCAGGAGGAGCGGGUGGCCCUGGCGGGGACACUGUCAGGGCUCCAGCGGAGCCUGGACGAGGCCACGGCCGAGCUGGAGCAGCGGCGGCGAGAGGUCACUGGCCACCAGGAGAAGGAGCAGGGCUUGGCCGCGGAGCUGCGCUCGCUGCGGGUGCGGGCGGAGGAGGCGGCGCUGAGCCACGAGCGGGAGGCUCGGGCGCUCCGGGAUCAAGCGGCAGCGGCGGCCAAGCAGCGGGACAGUGCCCUGCGGGAGGCGGAGGAGGCGCGGGCGCAGCUGCGGGCGGAGGCAGAGGCGCGGGCGGCGGCGCGGCGGGAGCUGCUGGAGGCGCAGCGAGAGGCCCGGGACAGCCGCGAGGGCCGCGACACAGAGCAGCGGCGGGCGCAGGAGGCGCGCCGGGCCCUGGACGAUGUGGCCCGAGAGAAGGAGAUGCUGCAGCGCUCCAACGAGGAGCUGCGGGCGGCCCUGCGGCGCGCCGAGGGAGAGCGCAUCAGCCUGAAGCGCUCCGGGGAGGACAAAGAGCAGCGGCUGGCGCUGCUGGAGGCGGCGCGGGCGGCGGCCGAGCGGGAGGUGUCGGAGCUGCGGGCAGCGCUGCGGGGGCUGGAACGCGCCCGCCUCGAGAGCCGCCGGGAGCUGCAGGAGCUGCGCCGCCAGGUCAGGGACAGUGGGGACAGAGGGAACAGCGGGUGGCACAGAGCCUCCCCGACCAUCGCGGGUGUCCCUCGUGGGCAGGUGAAGGAGCUAGACAGCGAGAACAGCCGGCGGGGCCGGGAGCUCGGGGAGCUGCAGGCGCGGGUGGCCCUGGAGGAGCAGCGGGAGCAGCGGAGCCGCCGCGAAGCCUCCGGCCUCAGGCAGAAGGUGGCGGAGAGCGAGGCCGGCACCGAGGCUGCCAGGAAGGAGCUGCAGCAGCUGCAGCAGCGCCUGGCGGCGGCGGAGCAGGAGUUCGGGCGGCGGGAGCAGGAGCUGUCCCGCAGCCUGGAGGAGGCGCGGGGCAAUGAGAAGAAGCUGCUGGCGGACGCGCGGAAUCUGCAGCUCAAGGUGGAGGCGGCGCGGGCCGAGGUGGCCGAACUGGGGCUGCGGCUGAGCGCGGCUCAGGGCCGGGCCCAGGGGCUGGAGGCGGAGCUGGCCCGGGGCGAGGAACAGCGCAGGGCCACUGAGUCCCGCCUGGGCGGCCUCCAGGCCACCCUGCGCCGCACCGUGGCCGUCGCCAGGGCCAAGGGGGGUGGCCCGGAGGGGCCGGGCAGCCCCGGCUCGCUCCCGGAUCCCGACGCCGAUCCCGAGGCCCUGCGGGCGGCGCUGCGGGAAUUCCUGCGGGAGCUGCAGGACGCGCAGCGGGAGCGGGAGGAGCUCCGUGGGCAGCUGGGCAGCCUGGGCCGGCGCCUGGCGGAGGCGGAGGCGGAGCGGGACAGCGCCGGUGCCCGGGCACAGCAGCUCCAGAAGCUGCUGGACGAGAGCGAGCAAGGCCGGCGGGAGCUGAGCGCUGCCCGCGCCUCGCGGCUGCUGCGGGACGAGAGCCUGCGGAAUUCCCAGCGGGAAUGCCGGGAACUGCGGGACCGGCUGCGCACCGCAGAGAGAGAGCGCCGGGCAGCGCAGGAGAAGCUGGGUGAGCUGGAGGAGGCGCAGCAGAGGCUGGAGGUGUGCGAGAGCCGCAGCUGCCGCCUGGAGCUGCAGCGGCGGGCGCUGGAGGCUGAGCUGGGCCGGGCCCGGCGGGCUCUGGCCGAGCGGGACGCGGAGGCGCGGGAGGCGCGGCAGCGAGCGGAGCAGCUCCGCACGCAGUGUCCUCAGUUCCCCCGGAGCCGCCUCUCAGUGCCCCAGUCCCCCCAGUUCCCCCACUCUCCCUAUCAUUCCCGAGCACAGCUGGCUCAGGCCGAGUCCGGCUCGGGGCCGUUCCCGGGGAGCGGCUCCAAGGGGGAAGCUCCGGGCGGGUCCCUGCUCCACGAGCGGCUCCUGCAGCUCCAGAACGCUCUGGCCGCCGGCGAGACGGACCGGAGGCUGCUCCAGGAGGGGCUGGAGGAAGCGCGGCGGGCUCUGGCGGAGGCGCGGCGAGAGAAGGGAGUGCUGCGGGAGCAGCUGCGGGAGCAGCGGGAGCUGGGAAUGCUGCGGGAGCCGGGGAUGCCUCUGGAACAGGGAAUGCUGCCAGAGCCCUCCCAGGACCGGCAGCAGGAGGAGCAGGAGCCUCCUGGCCGGGCUGGAUCCGCGCGGCUCCCAGCAAGGCUGGAUCUCCCGGCGGGCUCGGCCGAGCAGGAGCUGGAGGAGGCUCGGAAGCGAAUCCAGGUGCUGCGGGCGCAGGUGUCGGCGCUGGAGCUCCGGGCCCGGCCGCUCCCCGAGGCGCCCGCGGAGCUGCAGCGAGAGCUCGAGCGGCUCCGGCUCGGCCGCGGCGGCCUGGAGGAGCAGAUCGCGCUGCUCAAGGAGCAGGAGCUGCAGCGACACCCCACCGGAACUUAG